GUAAAAUCAACUGAUUUAAGACUUUUGUUUUGUUUUAAAGAGCUAACCUUCAUAAUAUUAUGCAAGUGAAAGUCUCAUAGGAUGCACUCCUCUGUAAAAUAUGGACUUUUUGCUUGCUAGACGUUUAUUAUAAAUGGCUGAUUUACUUAGAAUCUCAAAGACAAAACAGCAACUGAUGAUAAAAAUAAGUAAAGCAAAGUAUUAUUUUUCAGAAAAAAUAUCUCAUUCAAGUGUGGGUAACAAAUAAUUUGCAUCAUUCCAAUGAUUAAUUUCCUGACAUAUCCUGUUAUCCCAGGCUGUUUUUUUUUUAAAUACAAAAAUCAGCCAGUUUUAGAAGCAAUUUAGUUUGUUCUUCUGUGAUGCAUCCUUUAAUUUCAAAAUUAUGCAUAUCUUUCUGUUGGUCCAUCAGAUAAAAUUCAUAUAAAGUACACUGACAUAUUUGGGAAGUGACGUUACAUAAUGUAGGAUCAAGCGGUACGAAUAAUUUUGUACAGUUCCUCCUUAAAUAUAAGCAUUUGAGGGGACAAGAAACGGUUCUACACUGAUUUUCACAGAAUUGACUCGACAGAGUGACACGUCACUAUUCUCGCGAGAGUUCAGAAAGCGAAUACAUAACAAGUAUGGCGGCGCCCUCACGGACAGAGAACCUGUAGUGAAAUAAAAGUGUAUUUAAAACAGCGACGGACUGUGUUGUUAAGAGUCAUAUAACAUUAUAAACAAAGUUAGAGUGAGAAAUGGGAUAUGAGCGCCUACUUUGCGGAGCUCUGGAGCGGUACUCCAGGCUAUUUCGACUCGGUAAUUUUCAGCAGAAAGCUCGAGUCUUUCAAAAUGCGACCCAGUCGAGCGGGGAAUCUACGCGAUUAUUUACCUGGUUCGGACAGAAAGGGGAGAUGCUUGCUCCCACAGCCCGCCAGGUAGCAGCCCGUCGAGGCUACUGCAGCUACACCCAGCCUGUCAAAGAUGUCACCCUGUUCGAGCACGACAGAACCCGCUUCUUCCGGGGUCUGACGGUCUUCUGCGGCGGCCAGUUCGUCUUCUGGACGUACCUGGCUCAGUUCGCCUUCACCGGGCUCAGAGACACCGGCGGAAAAGGCCGAGCUAAGGCGCCCACCACCACCACCGGACUGGCCGGGAUGUGGAGUUUCGAGAUGAACCUGGGUUCAAACGCCUGGAGGUACGGCUUUACCCUUGGAUGCCUGACCAUAGGAGCAGGGAUAGUCGGGCUCGGGGCUCUGUUCUGCCGGAGGUCGGUCAGUAAGGUGGUUCUACAUAAGGGCGGGAGGAUGGUGACGGUACGGACACAGUCUCCUCUGGGACCAGACAGAGGCAGGACCAUUAAUGUGCCACUAAAUCAGGUGGCCUGCCACGCUCACAGACAGGAGUCCCCCUCAUUCAUCCCGCUCAGAAUCAAGGGACACCGGCUCUACUUUCUGCUGGACAAAGAUGGAACCGUAAAGAACGCCAGGCUGUUUGACGUCACCGUUGGUGCAUAUAGACCAUUUUAAUACGACAUGAUGUGGAUUAUUUACUGUUAAACAAAAUAUUUUAAAUAAAAUGUUGGCUCAUAAAUAUUCGAUUUGUAUUAAAA